AUGACAUUAAUACAUAAAAAUUCAUUUUCUAUUAUUGCAAAUGGGACAUCUUUUUCAAAAGGUAGAAGAUCUAGAGAACUUUGGAAUAGAAUAGAAGAAGAGAAACAAAAAAUUAAUGGAGAUUUUUGGGAAUUGUCAUCAAAUACUAAUAAGUUAGCAUUUAAUGAUAACAACAAUAAAUGUGAAUCUAUAGAAUCUUAUAAGUCAACUAAAACUAAAAACUUAGAUCAGACUUUAGCAGUUGAGAAUAGUAGAAAUUCUUUAGGAAUUGUUGUAGUAGGUGACAAAUUUACAAACCCAUGUAAAUCAUUUGAAGAUAUUAUGAAAUGUGGAGUACCAAGUUGGGUUAUUGAUAAUAUUAGGGAUAUAUUAAAAUAUAAGAAACCUACCCCAGUACAAGCUCAAGUUAUACCCUUAAUACUUUCUGGUAGUGAUAUAUUAGCACAAUCUCCAACAGGAUCUGGUAAAACUUUGUCCUACUUAUUACCUAUUUUAGGUAAAUUAACAAAUGAGAAGACAUAUUGUAAAUCACUUAUUUUAAGCCCAACAAGAGAAUUAGCUCAACAAAUUGUCAGAGAAGUUAAAGUAUUAUUAGAUACACGGGCAAAGAAGUAUCGUUGUCGUUACAUAUGUGGUAAAGUUAAAAAAGAACAAGAGAGUAGGACGAAAAGAUUAGAUAUAGCAGUUUCUACUCCAUUUAGAUUUGCAGAAAUUUGUAAAAGUGGAAUAAUGAAUUUGAAGGAGUGUUCCUUUAUAGUUUUAGAUGAAGUUGAUAAACUUCUCGAUAUGGGAUUUUCACCUCAAAUUGAUGAAAUUAUAGCACAUUCUAAUGUAAUUUCAAAUGGUAAAGUUCAAGUUGUAGCAUUUUCAGCAACAUUACCAAAUAAUGUAAAGGAUUUAGCAGAGUCAAUAAUGAAAUAUCCUAUAGAGGUUACUGUUGGUCACAGAUUAGCUGCAUCUAAGACAAUUAAACAAGAACUAAUUUGUGUUACAAAGGAAUCAGGAAAAUUAGAAUCAUUUCGACAGCUCAUUAAGCAGGGUAGAAUUAACUUACCAGUUUUAUUAUUUACUAAUAGCAAAGAAAAUGCUCAAAAAUUAUUUUCCAAAAUAGUAUUUGAUAAUUUACUAGUUGAUAUGAUCCAUUCAGAUAUGGCUAAAACUAAAAGAGAUAAUAUAGUUAAGAAAUUUCGCACAGGACAAAUUUGGGUCUUAAUAUGCACUGAUUUGAUUGCGAGAGGUGUUGAUUUUAAAAAUGUUGCUACAGUUAUUAAUUAUGAUUUUCCACAAACAUCUACAAUAUAUAUACAUAGGAUUGGACGUAGUGGUCGUGCUGGGAGACUUGGACAUGCCUUAACUUUUUUUACAUUAAAUGAUCUUCCAAAACUUAAAUAUAUAGCAAAAGUAAUGAAGUCAUCAGGAAUUGAGGUACCGAAUUGGAUUUUAAAGAAUAAAAUUAAGAAUACUAAAAAAGGUAAUAUUAAAAAAAAAAAAGACUAA